AUGCUAUCUGAUGUUGAAGAACCCUUGCCAGUACAAUUAUUUGUUGAAGGCACACAUAGACCACUACACAUUCCUGUGGCAUCACAACCAAAAGUGGCGAGAAUAAAUCUUAGUCUCCAAUCCCGUGACCAUGCAAUUGCAGCACAUCGUGCACACCGCAGUACUGGAGCAGAAAUUGCACUAAAAUUAUUAGCACCAUAUAAUAAUAUGAGUGCAACUCAUCUUAAAUAUAUGCGUGAAACUGAUAAAAGUAUAUGUACAGAACAACAGUUAAAACGAUUAAUUGAGAGAGAUAAUACCCGAUUACGUGAAAAUGCAGGCCCAUGGACAAUCUUAGAUCAAUUGGUUACUACUGAACUAAAAAAUCAAGAAAAGGUACUUUACUAUCAGCGGCAUAAUACCUCUGUUUCAGAAAACUGUCCUGAAUAUUACUACCAAUUGACACUAAGCGAUGAGUUGUGGCUUCAUCAAGGUCAAGAUUGUGGAUUUUUUUGUUUUGGAAUAGAUGGGAAAUAUGAUCUAAAUAAUGAAAAAGCCCCUGUACUCUCUAUGGUUAUUGAGGAUGAAGCUGGAUAUGGAUCACCAUUAGCAUUCGGUCUCAGUGACAAAGAAAAUUAUCAUUAUUAA